AUGACGUUCGUCUACAGUAACCGAGUCGUGUUCGGCUUUACCGUCAUUUGUCAGCAGAGCGGAAAUGAGAGUGAAGUGGCGGCGGUGCAAGUGGAUCCAGGUGAGAAAAUUGGAAGGGAAGUUUCGGAGACGGUGCGGCAAUCUUGUCUUUAGACUAUUACCUGCUCGACUCCCUGAACGUCGCCUGGAUGUUCACCGCCACCGCGAUCGGAAUGUGUCUCGGCCCGGCGCCGUUCUACUUUGCCCACUUCCUGAGCACCCGCGUGCUCAUCUUCUCCUACGGACUCGUCUCGGCGCUCUCCUCGCUCUUCUACCCGCUCGCCGAUUCGCUCGGCUUCUGGCCCGCCCUCGUCUGCCGAUUCUUCGCCGGAUUCGCGCAGGCCAGCCAACUGCACUUCACAAACGACGUCGUGCUGAGAUGGACGCCCCACUCGGAGGCCUCGUUCUUCUUCUCCAUCAUGCUCGCCACCUCGCAAUUCGGCCCCCUCUUCACCAUGAUUCUCGGCGGUGAAAUGUGUUCUUCCUCGUUUUUCGGAUGGGAAGCCUCCUACUACGUACUUGGAGUAGGUACUUUCAUCGCCUCGGCCGCUUUCGCCUAUUUUUACUCGGACAGUGUCGAGGAUAACAAGUGGGCGCAAUCUUUUUCCGUUUCAUUCUCCCCCUAAAUCUUCCAGAAACCUCGAAGAAGCCGAGAAGAAGUACAUUCUGGCGGGAAAGCAUUCGACGAAGGAGAAAGAGACGGUUCCGUACAGGGCUCUCCUCAAAGACUGGACCAUUUGGAUCAGUCUGCUCAUGUUCACCGGCUACUAUCUGGCCAUGAUCGUCUAUCAACAGUACUCGCCGAUCUUCAUCAAACAAGUAGGGAUCAGGGGUAAAAGGAACGAAACCGUAACCAAAAUUGCCAGGUUCUUCACUUUACGAUUCGAGAAACUGGAUAUUUCUCGGCGAUUCCUCAGCUCAUUGCAAUUUUCAUCAAAAUUGGAUGUGGCAGGCUGCUGGGUAAGUGCUUUCAAAAAGAAAAACUAUAGUACUCUAUAGUCUAUAGAGUACUACUGUAUCAGCUGGGUCUCUUCUCCUAGUUUCUUUUAAACUUUUCUGCUUGUUAGCAAAUGGAGACUUUUUCGUUCCGUUUUCCAGACGUCAAAUUCGGUUGUGGUCCCAAACUCACGCUGGUCAUUCCGCUGCUCAUUCUGGAAUCCAUGAGUGCAUUCUCGCUCUUCCUCACUGGAUUCGUACGUUUUCCCCUCUCUCUCCCCGUUUCCCUUUAUCUCUGCACUUUUCGAGUUGGACGACCGUGUGUGGGCGCUCGUUUGCAUGAUGAUUUUCGCCUCUUUGCACUUUUUCGUGCCCGUCAUCUGCAGUCGAACCAUUCAAAUUGUGAGUCCUUCAGAGAUUUUGCCAAACAAAACAUGAGAUUUGAAGAGAGCCGCCCAACACUCGCACUUUGCUUUGAAUCUGAACAUGGUGAUCGCUGGAAUCGCUCAGAUUCUCAUUCCGAUGGGAGUUCAGGCGGCGGUGCCGACUAACACGAGACACGAGGUUGGUUAGGAAAGGGGGAGCAUUCAAAGCAACGUAUCUCAGCUGUCGGUGGAGAUACCAAAAAGUUGUCAACAGAUAAAAUAUACACAAUUUGUUAAUGAACAUUUCAUUAGUUGACAACUUUCCGAUAUCUCUACAGACAGCUGAGAUAUCUUGAAAAAACGGAAAGUGUUUCACCAAGAUUACAAGCAAACUUAAAAAGCAAGAUUCGAGAUGUCUAAACAGUCUGAAUCCCGUUUUCAGUGGUCGUUCGUCUUCUACUUCCUCGUCAUCACGAUCGUCGUCACUUCCGUCUUCUACACACUCUUCUCUCGUGUUUCCGCCGCCGAAUGGACUGCUCAGAAGAGGUCGGAAGGGUAUACGAUCUACCGACUAUCGGACAUUUCUCCGCCCGAACCGAUCACUAUUCCGAUGCCCAGAGACCUCAAAUAUUGA